AUGGAAGCAUAUAAAACGCGUUCGAAUAGUAGGAAUUCAGCUGGUCAAAUACAUAAUUCUGAUAGUAAUCAGCGGCGACAUUCAUUAACAGCUCAAUUGACUCGGUCAGCGAGACGUUUCUCAGCUGCAUUUGUUCCACAGUUCACAAAACUCGAUCCUAUACCAAUUUUGCAGAAAUAUCUUUGUUUGAAAAUUCGCAUCAUUGAUAUACGUCAGUUGCAAGUAGCUGUUGAACGAUACGUUAUCAAUAAUGCGGUACAUUUCAAUCCAAUUGAAUUCGAAGUUGUGGACGAAAAUGAUUCACAUAUUUUUGAAAUUAGCUUAUAUCCAGAAGAAAUGGUACUUAACGAGGGAACAAAGCGUAUCCUGUCUCUAACUUUCGCCGAGACUGAUUCUGAUGAUGAUGGAAUUGUUAUUUCGCGAAUUAAGCAUCCAUUGUCUGGAAUGCGAGUAUUUGAAUUUGUCGAACGACCAUGUUCGGAUUUAAUUCAUAUUUCUUCAUACAUUGAUCAAUUUGAUCGUUGUUAUAUUGAGCCAGUUACAAAUUCAUGGCUACGUCUCCUUAUGAUUUGUGGAUGUUUAUUCACUCAAGUACAAUGGCAUUUUAAGCGAGAAGAUAAAAUAUUUGCGGUAGUGAGGCCAAAUAAGACUUUUCUUGGCGAAAAUUCUUUCAAAUUAGAAUGGAACGAACAAGCAAAUAAUGAAUUACGAGUGAUCGUUAUCGCUUUUGCAAUGACACAAAUGAUUCGAGAAGCUUUCCCUUCAUUAAUUCAUAUUCUUAAGGAGCAUCGACUUCGAAGUUGA